AUGCGAGGGCUUGUAAUUGCUGUCUGCACCUUUACGGCUUUGUUGAUUACUAUUCUUCUGUUCCAACAAUAUAAGCAGAACUUGCCAGUUCUCGGAUCCGAGGGAGUGGAUAGCGUUAAUCCACUACUCUACAUUCCACCCAUUGGACUAGGCACUUGGCAAAUCCCAAAAUCCAAGACGGCUGAGGUUGUGAAAGUAGCUAUUGAGGAAGGGUACCGACAUAUUGAUGCGGCACUCAUCUAUGGUAACGAAAAGGAAAUUGGACAAGGCAUAGCGCAGUCUAGAAUUCCUAGAUCUUCGCUAUGGGUGACAGGGAAACUCUGGAAUGACGCACACGAUCCCUCUGCCGUUCGUCCCGCUGUCGAGAAAACUCUAAAAGACCUUGGAUUGAGCUACCUUGACUUGUACCUCAUGCACUGGCCUGUAGCGUUCUAUCCAGAUACCGGCCGCGAGAUAGUCGUUGAUUCCGAUUCUAGCCUUCUCCAGACAUGGUUUGCUAUGGAGGAUUUAGUGCGUGAAGGAAUCGUACGGCAAAUCGGAGUUUGCAACUUUAACAAGGCUCAACUCCAGCAAAUUCGAAGUUAUGCACAUAUCCAACCGACAGUCCAUGAGUUUGAGACUCAUCCAUAUCUGCAACAGUCAGAUUUCGUGAAAUGGAACCUCCAGCAUGGCAUCCGAGUCAUUGCGUAUUCGCCACUUGGAAACAUGAACCCUAUAUACCAUUCUUCAGAGACCCCGAUGCUACAGGACCCAUUAUUGGUCUCAUUGGCGGAUGGAAAGGGCAUCAGUGUUGCUCAACUUGUAUUGGCCUGGGGAAUGCAUCGUGGAGUCAUUAUGAUUCCAAAGAGCGAGCAUGUUGCUAGAGUUUCAGAGAAUUUCCAAGCGCAGCAUGUCCGACUGACAGCGAAGGAAAUACAAAUCAUUGAUGCUCGCGAUGAAAAACACAGGUUCAAUAACCCAAGUCAGGAAUGGGGUGUGGAACUAUACUCGGGGUUGGACGGGGCAUAA